UGGCCUCCACUGUCAACAAAACCGCUCAUCCGUUCGACAAGGCACGGCUGGAAGCACUUCUGAACCGUAGAUUCUUCUACGCGCCAGCGUUCGAAAUCUACGGAGGUGUUGCUGGUCUUUACGAUUACGGUCCGCCUGGCUCCUCGCUGCAAGCCAACAUCAUCGCGGAAUGGCGGAAACACUUCAUCGUCGAGGAACAUAUGCUCGAACUCGACACGGCGAUCAUGACACCUGCUCCCGUUUUCGAGACUUCUGGCCACGUUGCGCGCUUCGCCGACUGGAUGGUUAAGGACACGAAGACUGGCGACGUUCUCCGGGCAGACCAUCUCGUCAAAAAUGUCCUUGAAGGUCGACUGGCUGGCGAUAGGGAGGCUCGCGGUCUGGCUGCUGCCCCGCCCACCGAGGACAAAAAGAAGAAAAAGAAAGCGGCGAAGACAACCUCAGCCAAGCUGGAGGAUGAGGUGGUGGCAGAGUACGAGACCAUCCUGGCUCAGGUCGAUAACUACUCUGGUGUGGAAAUUGGAGAGUUGUGCAAGAAGCACAAUGUUCGCAACCCGGAUACUGACAACGAAGUUGGGGAGCCUCAACUAUUCAACCUCAUGUUUACUAGCAGUAUUGGUCCCACUGGCCAGCAUCCCGGGUAUCUACGUCCAGAAACCGCGCAGGGCCACUUCCUGAACUUCUCCAGACUGCUGGACUUCAACAACGGGCGGAUACCGUUCGCCUCUGCUCAGAUUGGACGUUCCUUCCGGAAUGAAAUCUCGCCACGUGCAGGCCUCUUACGCGUCCGGGAGUUCACGAUGGCUGAGAUCGAGCAUUAUGUUGACCCAGAAGACAAGCGUCAUGGCCGAUUCAACGAGGUUCGGGACGUCAAGAUUGUCCUCCUCGACCGCCACGUCCAGGAGGCAGGCAAAUCAACGACCCAAGAAAUUACCGUCGGCGAGGCCGUCGACAAGGGCAUCAUCGCCAACGAAACGCUGGGCUACUUCGUGGCUCGUAUUUACCAGUUCCUCCUGAAGAUCGGGAUCAACCCCCAGAGGCUGAGGUUCCGACAACAUAUGGCCAACGAGAUGGCGCACUACGCGACAGACUGCUGGGACGCAGAGAUCCACAACUCGACUGGCUGGACGGAGUGCGUCGGAUGCGCGGACCGCGCCGCCUAUGAUUUGUCUGUGCACACAAAAAGGACGGGUCACCCGCUCGUCGUCCGCCAGGCACUCAAGGAACCGAUCGUGUUUGAGCGUGAAGUCGCUGAGUGGGACAAGAAGACAUUGGGUAAGACAUACAAGCAGGAUGCCGGCGUGAUACAGAAGACGGUGGAAGCAAUGGAUCAAGAGCAGCUAGUCAAAGCCAAAGGAGAAUUGGCUCAAGGGAAAGCUGUCAUUACUUCCUCCGAGGGCAAACAAUUCGAACUCUCCCCUGAAGUACUGACCAUCGAGCGCAAGACGAUCAAGCAGUCUAGCCGAGAGUACACCCCCAAUGUCAUCGAACCCUCGUUUGGCCUCGGGCGUAUCUUGUACACGCUCCUCGAACAUAGCUUCUGGAGCAGGGAGCAGGAUGUCGAGCGUGGUGUAUUAUCGCUGCCGCCUCUCGUGGCGCCGACGAAAGUUCUCAUCGUGCCCUUGAGCGCCAGGGAGGAGUUUGAUCCUUUGGUCAAGGAAGUCUGCUCCAAGUUCCGCAAGGCUGGCAUCUCUGCACGAGUAGACGACUCGAACACUUCGAUCGGUAAGCGAUAUGCGCGGAACGACGAGCUCGGCACGCCCUACGGCGUUACGCUCGAUUUUGCUUGGGUCCAAAAUCGUACUAUGACCCUCCGGGAACGCGAUACGAUGGACCAACGUAUUGGAUCAAUCGACGAAGUCAUCGGCGUUGUUGCAGAUCUCGUCAAUGGGAGCAUUGAAUGGGAAGAGGCCUGCCAACGCCUGCCUGCCUAUGAUGGUGUCCAGGCCGUCGAGUAGA